AUGAAAAAAAGGCUAUCAAAUGUUAUCGAACAAUUUACCGAGUUUACUACGCGUUUGUCAUGUUGGUUAUGGGACACCUUCGAAUCCUUACUGGACAUUUUUAUGGACUUUUUAGCAAAGACACUAGAACUAAUACUUGCCAUGAUGAAUCUAUUCUUCCAAGUGAUGUGUUUCCUCAGGGAUCUCUGUAUCGAUGCUAUGAGAACAUACUUGAAUACCUUUCAUGGUAUCGUCAAUAUCAUCAAAAGCAUCAAAUGCGAUGACGUGGAAGAUUUUGCCUCCGCGUGUAUUGUCGUCAUUCUUUGGAUUGAGGCUAUCAGGAUAGUUAUGAGUUUGGUGAAGCAGAAUCCACGAACGAAAAUAUGGACUUGGUUUGGUCGAAAUGCGGAAAAGAAAAAUAAUAAUUUAAACACAAAUCCAAAGAUUUAUGGAAAACAGCAUUGCUCGUGUAAGAAAUCUGGCAAACAAGGUGGUCGAUACGUAAAACGUUCCCAGAAUAUGACCUCGAAAGAAAACCUUAUUGAAUAAAACAAAAGGAUUAUUGGUCAAGGUAAUAUAGUAGAUAUUCUCUAUUGAUUUCCAAAAUCCUAGAAAAUUCGCAAAAAAAAUAUCAGGAUCUUAU